CUUCAUAAUGAUCGCAAAGACUGCCGUCGUUCUGGCCCUUGUGGCUGUCGCUGUUGCAGCUCCCUCACGCCCUGCCUAUGGAUAUGCCCCGGAACCCGCUUACGAGGAACCUGCUAAGUACGACUUUAACUACGCCGUGAAGGACGACUACUCCGGCAACGACUUCGGUCACCAGGAGGCCCGUGAUGGCUAUGACACUCAGGGAGCCUACUACGUCCUCCUUCCCGACGGUCGUCUGCAGAAGGUCACCUACACUGUCAACGGCGACUCCGGCUACGUGGCUGAGGUCAGCUACGAGGGUGAGGCCCAGUACCCCGAGUACAAGCCUGCCUACAAGCCUGCUCCUUCCUACAAGCCUGAGCCUUCUUACAAGCCAACCCCUGCCUAUGGCUAAUAUGUAUUUUGGACAACGAUAAU